GUUGAUCUACUCUCAUUAGAUGGUUGGCAAGGAGGAAGAAAAAAAAACCUGCACGCUUCUUACUACGUGCAGAAACCACGGGCGCCAUGGCGGCCGAUGACGAAACAUGGUCUUGGAUCUUUUGACGUGCCAGUGGCAUGACGCUGGGAGCCUGGAAAGAAUGACUUGGAGCGCGGUCGCUGCACAGUCGGCCACGAGUGCGCGUCUGAGAAAUCCAUCUUCGCCAGCAUGCGAUUCCGCGACAGGAAACACGACCAGUACACGGGGGACGAUGGGGAGAAGCCGCCCGAGGUGGUAGGGUUUCGUGAUCGCCUGGCCCACUUCACGUGGCCAUGGUUUGCAUGCACCAUGUCUACUGGCUCGCUGGCCGUAGUCUUGGGCAACACGCCGAAUACAUUCCCGGGCCUGCAAACCAUUGGCAAGGUGGUUUACAUUGUCGACCUGGUUCUCUUUGCCGUCUUCAGUCUGUGCAUGAUUACACGGUUUAUAUUGGUGCCUCGCAAGCUUCUUGGGUCGCUCCAUCAUCCCGUCGAGGGCCUGUUCUUCGGCACAUACUGGGUGUCUGUAUCGCUGAUUCUGAAUGGGGCAUAUAUCUACGGCAACUCGUCCCAAGGGCCGUGGCUGACCAAAGGACUCGAGGUGACGUACUGGAUGUACUGCGCGGCUGCGUUUCUCGUUGGCCUAAUCCAGUACUCUAUGUUCUUUCGUCUGGAGCGGCUCAACGUGGCGGAUGCAGUGCCAGCCUGGAUCUUUCCGAUAUACCCUUUGCUUGUGGUAGGACCGCUGGCUGGCACGAUACUGCCAGCACAACCGCCGGCUGCGAGCUGGAAGAUUUUUGUUAGCGCCAUCAUGUUCAAAGGGCUUGCAUGGUCGGUGUCGUUUCUGCUGUAUGGCCUGUACAUGCAGCGACUCAUGACCAACGCCCUACCGUCCCCCACCACCCGACCGGGCAUGUACGUGUCUGUAGGGCCAGCAGGCUACACGGCGGCUGGGCUCCUUUCGCUGGCGAACCAAGCACCGAACCAAGUGCCGCCCAACUUGUUCACGACGAUUUCGAUUCCCGACGGCGAGAUUGUGCGCAUCAUGGGCAUUGUGUCGGGCCUUUUUCUCAUCUUGUUCGCGUACUGGUUCUUCCUGGUGACGACGAUUGCGGUGGUGGUUGGGGCGCGCAGAAUGUCCUUUUCGCUCAACUGGUGGGCCUUCAUCUUCCCCAACUCGGGGCUCACGCUGGCGACGAUUCAGGCGGGCAAAGUGCUCAGGAGCGAGGGCAUCAAUGGGGUUGCGAGCGCACUGACGCUGCUGCUUGUCAUCAUGUGGCUUGUGACGGCAGCGUUUUGCAUGCGUGCAGUGUUCCUGGGGCAGGUCAUGUGGCCGGGCAAGGACGAGGACAAGACGAUGGCACGGUUGGCGUGGGGUUGGAAGGGCAAUAAGGGUAACCCUGAAGCUGACAAGAUCCGGCCCGCCAGGUCAGACGACAGCGUAUAGCCAUGGCUGCAUGUAUGUGUGUUACUAGCGAGGCUUUGGGUUUCUGGAGUGUUACAACAAUAAUGUCAUGAUGUUU